GUCACGUGGCCUCGCACGGUCAGGUGGCGGCCUUCCCUUCCCCCGCCGCAGUCGUCGCUGCUCCUCGUAGCCGCCGCUGCUCCUCCUCCUUUUUCUCCUCCUUCUUCUUCUCCUCCUCCUCCGCCCCCCUUUUCGCUGCCAGGGACGCGGGAGCGCGGCCGCCGCGGUCGGCCCUGCAGCCGCCAUGCGGAUCACGCUGAAAACGCUGCAGCAGCAAACCUUCCGCAUCGACGUCGACCCCGAGGAGACGGUGAAGGCACUGAAAGAGAAGAUUGAAUCAGAAAGGGGGAGAGAUGCUUUUCCAGUAGCUGGGCAAAAACUGAUUUAUGCAGGUAAAAUCCUUAAUGAUGAUACUGCUCUUAAAGACUACAAAAUAGAUGAGAAGAACUUUGUGGUGGUUAUGGUGACAAAACCCAAAGCAGCAUUUGGAGCAGCUCAGCAGUCAAAUGCUGCUACUGCUACUUGCUCAACAACUGCAGCUCCUACACCAGUGACUGCACUAAUCCCUGCUGCUGUCCCUAUGCAAGCUCCUGUACCUCCAGAACCAGAUGGAGUUGCUUGUGAAUCUGUGCCUUUGAGUGCUCCUAAAGAGGAGAAGCCAGCAGAAAAACCACCUGAGCCAGCUGCUAGCAGCCCAUCAUCAACUGACAGUACAACAGGUGAUACAUCUCGAUCAAAUCUUUUUGAGGAUGCUAUAAGUGCACUUGUGACUGGUCAGUCCUAUGAGAAUAUGGUGACUGAGAUCAUGUCAAUGGGCUAUGAACGAGAGCAAGUAAUUGCAGCACUGAGAGCCAGCUUCAACAAUCCUGACAGAGCAGUGGAAUACCUUUUAAUGGGUAUACCAGGAGAUAAUCAGACUGUGGCUGAACCCCCUCAAGCAGCAAGCACUGGUCCCUCUCAGUCUUCAGCAGUGGCAGCAGCAGUAGCAACUAUACCUACAACUACUAGUUCAUUAGGAGGACAUCCACUUGAGUUUUUACGAAAUCAGCCUCAGUUCCAGCAGAUGAGACAAAUUAUUCAACAAAAUCCUUCUCUGUUGCCAGCAUUGCUACAGCAGAUUGGACGGGAAAACCCUCAACUGCUGCAGCAAAUAAGCCAACACCAGGAACACUUUAUUCAUAUGCUGAAUGAGCCAGUUCUAGAGUCCCGCCAAGGUUUAAGUGGCAGUGAUGAUGGUGCUGGCACUGGAGGAGUGGCUGAAGCUGGAAAUGGCCACAUGAACUACAUUCAAGUAACACCUCAGGAAAAAGAAGCUAUAGAAAGGUUAAAGGCAUUAGGAUUUCCUGAAGGACUUGUGAUACAGGCGUAUUUUGCUUGUGAGAAGAAUGAAAACUUGGCUGCCAACUUUCUUCUACAACAGAACUUUGAUGAAGAUUGAGAGACAUUUUUUUAUUUCACACCUCACACCAGUGCAUUACACUAACUUUAUUCACUGGAUUGUCGGGGAUAUUUCAGCUUAUAUUCAUAAUACUUGGUGUAUGGUGUAUGGGGAAGUGGAGAGAAGAGAAUAUAGAAGAGAAAGCAGCAAAGAUGUCUGUUUUAAAUUAGCAGAUGCAGAAAAUCACACAGUGUAAAUUAAUAUACAACUAAAAAUCAGCUUCUGCAGUUAAUUAGUUUCUUCUAUAAACUGUAGGUAAAUUUUUUUAGGUUUUCAUUCUUACUGUGCUUGUUGCAAAAAAAUAUAUUGUAAUGCCCUGCUUCACAUUUCUUUUUACUUGACAUUGGUAUUGCAAGUAGCCCAUGCUAUCUAGGUUCUACAGUUUAUAUUUCAUGGCAACACUGGAUAGCAGCUUUGUGAAACCUGAAAGAUCUGAGCAAACAUAAACAUGAAUGCCAAGAUAUGGGUAGUUAUUUUGCUUUUUCAGAUUGAUAAAGUGGUACAAGAAGCACAGUAUUUUGUUCAAAGUUGCAGUAAAUCAGGGUUGGGUUUUUUUUCCAAAAUGAAACCCCAUUUCAGUUAAAAGUACCACUCCCUCUUUUGCCCCCUCAAAUUAUCUGAGAAGUUACAUACAUACAGGUAAAAUUAUUCUACUGUUUACGUUUUUUCUUGUGGAGAAGAUUGAUACAUAUCUAAUUUCUUUUCAAUGUUAUAUUGCAGUAAAAGUUUUAAAACCAAUAGAUUGCAUGUUUGGUUUUGUUAUAUGCGCUCUUGCGAAUUCAGUAAGCUUUUCUGCCAGCAAACAAAGUGCAAGCUUCAUUUUUGUCCACUGCAAUGAGACUUGACCAAAUAAAAUUUCACCUUCCUGCCAUUGAACCAGCUUUUACAGUACAGCUGUAAACAUGUGAAGACAUUGGUGUUCUUUUACUCUUGUAAUGGUUGUAAUGUUGAAGCUGUUUCUGUUCAGUAGGGACUUUUUUUGGAUUAAUUCACUUGAUGAGGAAGAGGAGUUGAUAACUUGAGAUAUCAAGCAAGUAAUGAAAUUACUCCAACGAAGAAGAAUCUGCACGCAUAUGUUUUUAUUGAAAAUAAGCUCUGAUUAUAUAGAGUUUUUAAUAUUACAACUUGGUACCUGUUUGUUAUUUGUUUUGUCAUCAUAAAAUGUAACAAUCUUCCUUUUAAUAUACAUUGACCUUUAGACAAUUUUGCCCGUUAUUGCAAUGCUAACAAUGAAAACAAAUUCUAAUUUCAUCUAAAACUAUCGUAUGUAGCACUUCCUGAACAGAGCUUGGGGAUGUUUUGAGUUUUUACUUUUGUACUCCAAUUAUGUGAAUUAUAAAUUUAUCUUUACAGUAGCCAAUAAAAUAUUAUUAGUACUACAACACUGAGCUGUUUUACCACUAAUGAUGUUAAUGAUUCAGUGGUACAACUAAAGAAUGAUUUUCUGCUUAGUUUGUGUAUCAGUGUCUUUAAUUACUACUUAAGUUCAAAGUACAAGUUAAGUUUCUGAGAAAAAAGAGCGAGAAAGACUGAAACAUUUCUAUUUGUAUUUUGUUUCUUCAUUGUUUGGCUAUAGUCUGUUAAAUGAUUAUCUGCACAAAAUAGUGAAAUGUAUUAAAGCCUUUUUCUUUCUAUCCUUACAUGUUUAUGGUGAUUUUCUAGAUAAUGUGUAAUUCAAUUGUUUAGAUUUUAUUCUUUUAAAAUUUCAUAGGUGUAUAGCAUCUAAAUCAUCAGUAGCACAAUCCAAAUCUGUCAGUAGAAGGUGUGAUAUUGCUAAAUGGAAAAUAUCUUUCAUGCUGCUUUCAUUUUAGAGAAGGGAAUUUUAACACCAAAGUCAGCCAGUAGACUUCAGCUAAAUAAGAGUGUCAGUGUAUUUAUGGACUGGAAGAGAUGGAUUUUGAUUUAACACCCUGCAGGCAAAAAAGGGGCUAUUUGUUACCUGUAAAGGGCCAGCUGCCAGGUACUUGAAAAAUGCUGAAUUGAUAAAAGGACUCAUUGAAUGUCCUUUACUACAUAGCAAGUACCUAACUAAGACAAAAACUUCUAAUUUGUGUGAGUCUUCCGUACUGAUCAAACUGGUAUCAGAAGUAACCAUUCCUUCUUUAGGGUGAUGGAGAGUAAAGGAAGAAUGUGGGUGUCUCAGUCUGUUCCCUCCAAUUUUUGUUCUGAAAUGUUUGCUUAUUAUAAAUCUGUUUGAAUUAAAGACCAUUCAGCUUGAUCUUUCUAAAAAAGCUAAUACUUUUGGUUAUUUGUAACUUGUCUGCUGUCUACUAGGGAGGGUUUAUAGCUGCUGUGGCGGAAGCCUUACGAGUAAUUCAGUUCGCAUUUUUUAGCAGUGGAACAGUGUUUUUAUGACUGCUGAUGAAUGACAGGUGUUUGACCUUACAUGCUAGCAAAAACAUACCUGUUGAAUAGUGGGAUACUUGCCAGGGAGAAUCAUACACCUUUUUGUAGUUUCAGCCAAAAGGCAAGAAGGUGUGGAACUUGUGUGGUGCUGAGAAGGUAAGUGUGACCUAAAUAAGCUGAAAAAGUUGCCUGCAUGUGCUGUCCCUCAUCUUCUACCAAGUACUACCAGGAACUGUCUACAUA